AUGUCGUCCGAUGCGAGACCCAGUAAGUUUCAAAGGCUGCACGAACUUCGGCGAAGUGUCCCCUAUGUGUCCAAGGUUGCCCUGGAAGGUAUAUUGAAAGACAUCGAGAGCAAAGGGCAUCCAGAGAGACAUACCACGAAGGCGAUGUUGCAAGCUACCCGGGCGGACAUCGCGAGGUGGAAUGCUUAUGGUGAUUUGCUGACAACGAGCAGGGUGGUGGAUUGUGAGGGUUCGCAUCAUGAGAUGAUGCACAUCAACCUCCACAGCAUGUUGCAUGCUGCUUAUCGUGAAGGUGGAAGCUUUGCUGAUCUUUUGGCGGAUAAGCAUGAGCAGAACCCGUCCUCCGUGUUGAAACCUUGGGCCCUCACUGUAUAUUGUGAUGAGUGUUGGCCGGGCAACGCCCUGUCUGCAAAGUCGAACAAGAAGAGCUGGUGCAUAUAUGUGACCUGGAAGGAACUCGGGGAAGCAGCAUUGGCACGAGAAGAUGCCUGGUUUCCAUUGCUUUUUCAAAAAAGCAAUUUCAUUGGCUCUUUGGCUGGAAGCAUGGGGCAGGAACAUGUUUUCUGCAACAAUAUCGCCGACCCCGUUGGCUUGGGCAUUUUGCUACAGCCUGCAGAUGGCAAACAAGCGAUUCGCCUUUAUUACUCUAUGCAGAUCCUAGUACAAGACGGUCAGGCCCAAAAGUUCUGCCUGGGCUUGAAAGGAGACGGGGGGUGUCGCUUUUGUAUCAAGUGCGCCAAUGCUAUAUCUUUGAAAGCAACUGCCGAAGAUUCUGGUGAUGAUGCUGAUGACUCUGACCAUGGAGUUUGUUCCCUGACAAAAAAGUCACAGCUUCGCUUGGUCAAUGAUGAAGAAGUUUUUCAGUCAUGGGAUCGGUUGGCUGCCCGUUUCACAACAGACUCAACUCAAGCUUUUGCUUUACGAGAGAAAGCUGCUGGGUUUACCUUUUCGACUUCAGGCCUUUUAUCUUCCCAAUCUCUUCGCCACCACAUACGACCCAUAAGUUGCUACAUGCACGACUGGAUGCAUGGUGUGUGUGCUAAUGGCACAGCAGCCAUCGUGGGCUUCCUGUUCUUGGAGGCUAUGCAGACGGAUGGCUUCCAGUCAUGGUCGUCUUUUUGCGAGUAUCUAGCUGUCUGGAACUUACCUGCACUCGGCAAGAAAGCUUGUCCCGAUUUGGCCAGCUUAUUCGACACAAAACGUGUGAAAGCACAUCGAAAGAGUAAAAAGCUCAAGAUGCAGGCUUCGGAGCUGCUCACGGUUUUCCCGAUUUUGGCUCACUAUGCCCUCACAGUGUGCUCUUCUGGAAGAGACACCAAGCCCACUCAAGCUUUGCUGGCCAUGGCCUUGUUUCUGGAGUUGCUGAUCUCUGUGGUGUAUGGUUGUGUGGGACCGGCAGAUUUAGACACGGCUGCCGAAGCCUGCUUGAGGCUGUGCCUCGAGAAUGGCUGGCAAAGCUUCCUCGUGAAGAAAUUCCACUGGCUUCUUCACUACGGCGAUGCCUUGAAGAUUCACAAAACCAUAAUCAGCUGCUUCACUUGUGAACGGAAACACAAACAGCUCCUGAAGAUAGGCACCCCCAUCCAGAAUCUCAAGUGCUAUGAGAAGUCUGUCCUGGAAGAAGUGGUGAGCGAACAAAUGUACAAGAUCAAGCAAAGUGGGUGCUUCGAUUUUACCUGUCAUUUGGCCACUCGCUCCAAAUUGAAAGCCUCACAGCAUGACCUUUUGGCAAAGCACAUUCCUGCUAUGUUCUUGGAUGCAGAAACUUAUACUUGCCACACCCUCAGAAUAGCUGGUGGUGGUAGUGUUGCCACGGGAGAUGUCAUUUUGUUGAACGUCCAAGACGGUGUUAUUUGUGGUCGUCUCCGAGGAAAUUUCGAGUGCAGGCAUGUUUUCUGUUUGGUGCAGUUCUUCCAGCUGCAGUCGGUGGCCAAAGACAGCUCAUGGGCGAUGUGGAAUGAUGAAGACGACAGCUUGAUACAUGCCGUGCAAGCUAACAGCAUUCGAUGUGCUUUGACAUGGUCCAAAGGCAGAAGUGGGUGCAGAACAUUGCUGCCGUAUCACACUCGAAGCUUGUUUCUCUCGAGUCGCACAUGA